CAGGCAAAACUCGAUUAUCCAACGAAUAGAAACCAUUCUAUAUCGGGAUAAUUGAGUUUUAAAUAUAUAUAUAUAUAAUGAAUUCCUCAACCCCAAACGACGACAAGAACAUGGCUCCUCAGCCUACAAAUGGUGCACCAUCACAACCCCAAACAGUGCCAGCCGCAGCACCAUCAUCCUCUGACUCAGAUUCGAGUAAAGGCGUGGCUCCUGGUUCAACCAACCAAUAUGUUGUUGGGGUUCCACCACAACAAGACAUGCCGCCAGCAUGGUCCACUGGUCUAUUUGAAUGUUUUGACGAUCUCCCAACCUUUAUCAUAACCGCUUUUGCCCCUUGUGUUACUUUCGGACAAAUUGCAGAAAUGGUUGACAGGGGACAACAGAGUUGCGGAUUAUAUGCCAUGCUUCAUGCUGGGAUCAUGUACUUUACGGGCUGUGGAUGUUUGUUAUCUGCGUAUUACAGGAUUAAGAUGAGCCAUCUGUAUAGGUUGCCCGAUGAUCCUCUCAUAAAUAUUCUUGUUCAUCUAAUAUGUGAACCAUGUGCCUUGUGUCAAGAAUAUCGUGAGCUUCAGGCUCGUGGCUUCAACAUGAAACUUGGCGUUGGGUGGCGUAAUCAAUCUCAGGAGAUACAACAAACCGGUGGAGUCAUGGUGCCACCAAAGGUUCCGGGAGGAAUGACUCGUUGAAAUGCAGACUAAUAUAUCUAAUCACUUUUGGGAUGUUGAGGAAUUAAUAAAUCAUGCUUGUUUUUUGA